AUGUCAUGUCCUGUCUGUCCGGCUCCGUUGCAUCCCCUCAAGGACGAUCCUACUAGCUCGCCUCUCGAGGUAGAUACCCUUGUGACUCCCCGGAGUUCGCAUCACUAUAUUCCUCACCCACACCGCACCCAUGCCAAUGCCUACCUGCAGGAAUUCAGUAUCGACAUUAUCGGUGAAGACAACAAGACCACCAUCCACCACAAAGUUGCUGCCCGCGUCAUGUGUGUGUUCAUGGACGAAGACGCACAUCUUGCUGCCCACGUAAAGGCCAUCCCAACAUCCGCCUCUCUUCCUCCCAACAUCCCCUCCGUCCUCCCUCCCUCUGCGCCGCCCUACCCUCCAGAGCCAGCUCGGUGGCAUGGGCGGCAACUUCAGGGUGAACUCCAGAAGAGCCAUGACACUGGCGCAGAACUGCACUCCCUGAGCUCUUCAAUGAAUGACAUUCACGACAUGCUCAGUGGCUUGGUACCCCAAAACCUACCACACUUCCACCAAUUACUCCCUCCUGUGCGUUCACAACAAGCCUCGACCACCUCUGCACCCACGCCCACAUCUGCCACGCCCACAAAUCUAGAACCCCCUGCACCUCCCCCAGAGCACCCUGGCCUUUCCAAGCUGCACUCAGAGCUACAUGAGACCCAAGCCAACCUCGCAAGCCACGUCGACAAGGUCUGCGCCCUCGAGGACAUGCUCGCAGAGCACGAGGCCAUCAAGGCCGAGGUCGCAGCUCUCCGUGACCUCAUCCACGCUUCAUCCGCACAUUCCCAGCAUGACAAUGGCAUGCACAUAGACUUAGAGUGUGGUCACUGUGGACAUGACGAUGAUGAUACAUCUAGCAUUCAUACAAUUACACUGCAUGAGCUGGAACACGUUGAGGAGGAGGACGAGAGUGAAGAACAGGAUGAGAGCGAGGAGGAUCGAGAGUGUGCACAGAGGAGGGAGGAGCUGGGUAGGCCACGGACGCUGGAGCCAUCUUGAAUGGGA